ACAAAGCCGCGCGUGUACGGCACACUAUACAACAACAGUCAGUUAAGCCUCACAGUGGGGGUUUGCUGCCCUAGCUCGCGACCGACCAACGUUAACCAAAUCAUCACCGUUUAUUGUUCUGCAAUUUGUUACAUGGUAGUAAUGAUCAUAAAGGGCUUGUUCAGAAGGUACAAGAAAUGGAACCCUGUUCAUCCUACAUCUGGAGCCUUUUGGGGCAUGGGAAUAGGCUUUGGUUGUGGAGUCGGAUGGGGUCCUGGGUUUGGACCUGAAGUUAUUGGUUAUGUUGGUGCUGGUUGUGGUGUUGGAUUUAGUGUCGGCAUUACUCUUGCUGGUGUCGGCAUUGGUCUUCCUGCCAAUCGCCUCCUUAAAGUUCCCUUUAGUGCUUUUAUGGCUACAAGAAGCGGUGCAAUGGACUUAGCACGAUCUAGUGGUCUUCUUGGCACAAGCAUUGUGAAUGGGGGAGUAGAUGUCUCUGGCUUGGAAAGGUGGGUCUCCAAUUUCAACCAUGAACAGUCUGUAGACAAAAGUUUACAUUUCUCAGGGAUCAACAAAUUAGUAUCCUCUCCGGCGAAGAUGGUUAUUGAUUGUUUUGACCAACUAAAGAGUCGCAUUAACCCCCCUCAUUGAGGUAUGAUACACAGAAGUUGAGCCCCUUAUGCAUAUAUAGAAGAUCUGUUGAACUUGGAGAGUUUUAUGUUAAACAGUUAAUUAUCUUUUUGAAGCCUGAGAAUAGGUUGUCCAGUCCAUCUGAGACUGUUUUUUGUUGUAUCGCACUUGUAGGUUUAAUCGAUGUAAGUUCAUAGUGUCCACGUAUCACACUAGAACCUUGGUUUUCUUCC